AUGGGCCCCAAGCCAUCCGACCCUGAGUCGGUCGCGUCGACCGACGCGUCGAAAACGACACCCGCCGACGUGCAGUUGCUAUCCCGGAUGGGCUACAAGCAGGAACUACGCCGACAAUAUUCUACGGCCCAGGUUUUUGCGGUAGCGUUUAGUAUCAUGGGCUUGGUGCCUUCGAUCGCGUCGACGCUCUCCUUCUCUCUACCUGCAGGUCCAGUUGGCAUGGUUUGGGGAUGGUUCACGGCGAGUUCAUUCAUUUUUUUGGUUGGUCUGGCAAUGGCCGAUCUUGCCUCUGCGAUGCCUACCGCUGGUGGUCUGUAUUUUUGGACUCAUUAUUUUGCUAGCCCAAAAUGGAAGAAUCCGCUCAGCUUCCUUAUUGGGUACAGCAAUACAUUGGGCCUAAUUGGAGGCAUGUGCUCUGUGGAUUAUACACUGGCACUUAUGAUCCUCUCUUGUGUAUCAAUCGCACGAGAGGAUGGAUGGUCCGCCUCGCGCGGUGUCAUCUACGCAGUCUACGUCGGACUAAUUCUUUUACAUGGAAUCUGCGCCUCAUUGGGUGGCCGUAUCAUGCCAAAGAUCCAGACGUGCUGCAUUUACAUAAACGUCGCACUAGUAAUUGCGACAGUGAUAGCGCUUCCAGUUGGAAGGGUCACCCGUGACGGAUCUCUCAACUCUGGUCAAUUCAUAUACCGCCACAUUGACAACAAGACAACCUGGCCGACCGGGUGGGGAUUUAUGCUGGCAUGGUUAGCGCCAAUCUGGUCAAUUGCCUCAUUCGAUUCAUGCGUGCACAUGAGCGAGGAGGCUCUGCAUGCUGCAAAAGCCGUGCCUCUCGGCAUCAUCUGCUCUGCUGGCUCUGCGUUUGUACUCGGAUUCCUGGUUCUCUCGACUAUUGCAGCAAGUAUGAAUCCAGAUGUCAAUGCGACACUCAACACAGCUUUUGGUCAGCCAAUGGCUCAGAUUUAUUACGACUCGUUAGGCAGAAACGGCGCUGUGGUCUUCAUGGUUAUCCUGUGCUGCACACAGUUCCUCAUUGGGUUGAGUCUGCUUGUUGCAGCGUCCCGUCAGGCAUGGGCCUUUUCUCGUGACGGUGCGCUUCCUUUCUCUGGAUUUUUCCGUCAUAUCAGUACGCGGAGCAAGUAUCAGCCUGUUCGUGUCAUUCUCGGAAUAGUGCUCGCCUGUCUUGUGUUAGGCUUGCUAUGCUUGAUUAACUCGGCUGCCACCAAUGCGCUCUUCUCGCUUUUUAUCGCAAGUAAUUAUGUAUCGUGGGGCACCCCGAUUCUCUGUCGCCUCGUAUGGGGACAAGAUCGCUUCCGUCCCGGUGAGUUUUAUACUGGCCGCUUUAGCAAGCCGAUUGCUAGUGUGGCUGUUGUAUACCUGCUAUUUGGUGUUGUGCUAUCUAUGUUCCCAGUUGAGGGCCCCAAUCCAUCCGCGUCCAACAUGAAUUAUACCAUUGUCAUUAAUGGCUUUGUCUGGGUUGGCUGCAUGGCGUAUUACUUCCUCUUUGCUCGACAUUGGUAUGCCGGGCCGCAAAUGACUGUGGAGGAGAACGCGUCUGGUAGUUCAGCUAAUAUUGAUACUUUGCUGAUGCCUUCCAGCCUCGAUGGCAAUGGAUCUGUAAAUGGCAGUCGCAAGGAGAAUUAA